CACUUGCCGGUACGCAGAUAACUCGUACUCGUGUUUUAAUCACUAGGCUGCAUAAUUUACAAUGAUGACCAGAAAACAAGUGUGAUAACAAGGUACGAAGGAAAUUCACACCAAUAUAGAUGUGAGGACGGAAAAGUGAAGCUGCUCAGUCUGAAUAGAUAGACAUGGAGGCCCGUGCUAUCCUGGAGACUGGUGUAGUAACAGCCGGGUGUAUCUCACUAGGGACCUAUCUACAGGACAAAGCAAACGAAGAAUUCCAGCUCCACAGCCUCGGAUUUUUGGGCUGUUCUUACAUUCUUGUCCUGCUACACCAGUUGGUGCCCCAAUUUAACCCUGAGCUAAAGCGGACAGAUGCCUCUAGAAGAUUGUACAGAACUAAAGCUGAUCCAGGGAUCUGGUGUUGUGCCAUAUUGCCAUUGGCAUAUGUUGGAUAUAGUAUCCAAGUGGGGAGUUUGUCAGUCCUGGAGACAAGUUUCCUCCUGUUUACCAUCCCUUUGACCUUGGUACACUACAAUGCCUCAAACCUCACCCAGAUAGCAGGAGCCCUCCAGCUUCUCUGGCUGCGUUCUCACCUCUUACAGCAGGAUGUUUUCAGCCUGGGUUUAUUUGGAGUGAUAUGUGUAGUGUUCUUCAUGCUACUUACAAAGGUACCCGAGUUACUGCCCAGAUCAUUUACAGAAGGGGAGAUAACUGUUGUGUUGCAGCUCCUUCUGACUGUUAUACUCUCCCUUACACUGAGUGUUUUAAAGGGAGAUGUUGACAUACAAGAUGAUCUAUCUCCUGGUCAAAAGCUGGCCGUGGUCGCCUUUGAAGGAGUAUUACUUGGCGCAAUCAAGUACUGGAUUGCCAGACAGUUAACCACUGGUAGAGCCACGCCCCUAUUUUACCUAGCCUUUUCUACUACAACAUUAACAGUCGUGCUGCCUCUCCUGUACCAGGCGUUCGGCUCAACUUUUCCUGUUGACAUCCUUGAAUUCAUCUUACAAAAUACAACAAGAACAAGGCUGUUGAUACUCUGGACCAUUCUGAUCGCGCUGAGUGGAUUGAUUGUGUAUGCAAGGAAUGCCUCGAUUGCUGGUGGUCAAGUAUCCUCAGAUCAGCGCAAGGUGUUCCAUCUAGUCAUGAUGGCAGUAUAUGUACCUGGGCUGCUGAUGGACCCAGCGUUCCUCUGGACAUCGUCAGUCAUAGCUUUAGGGGUCAUGGUCAUUCUGGAGGUGAUGAGAAUGGAUCGUAUAUGGCCUCUGGGAAGCAUUUUAAAAAAGAAUUACAGAGUAUUUGUGGAUAGUCAAGAUCAGGGGGAGAUAAUCCUGACACCCUUGUAUUUACUCCUUGGUCUGUUUUGGCCUCUAUGGAUAGUCCCCAUGGACAAAUUAGAGAGUUCUGACUUACGGUUGUAUGCCGGAGUAAUUUCCCUUGGUGUAGGUGACACGAUGGCAUCUGUAGGAGGGUCAUGCAUGGGGAGACAUAGAUGGCCAGGGAGUAAGAAGACCAUUGAGGGUACCUGUUUUGCUGUGAUAUCACAGCUAGUUGCACUGUACGGCCUUCACAAAUUGGGUGUUGCUGUGAUGUUUUGGCAGAGUAUACAGGCUGUGUUUCUUACCUCUCUCCUCGAGGCCCUUACUAGUCAAAUUGAUAAUCUUGUUCUUCCACUCUAUAUGUUUUGCCUUCUCUCCAUCUUCCCCACAUAACACAGUGUUCCAUUUUUUUCUUCAUCCUCAUAGUAAAAUGAUAUGUAGUGAUAUUGUUUUAACACCAUAUCUUAUAAGAUUGCCUAACUCUAUCAGUAGGUUGGGCUUUUAUGCAUAUUGACAUUUACUUCAGAGCGGAGCUGCAGAAGCUCUUUGGAGCAUGAAACAUUUGUAACUUCAGGUGAAGUUCUGAGGUGUAUUUGGUUCAAUUACUAUCUUGUGUUGUUGUGGUUGUGUCCUUGGAAAUGAUACUUUACCCUGUUAAGAACACCAUGUGACAGGCCUCUCAUGUGUUGUUUAGUGAGGUGUCCACCAGAUACUACUGUACAAGGAGGCUUAGAUUCAAAAUGACCUUGACAGUUAACAGAUCCAGGAAUCAACAAACAAACCAGCAGAUUACCACAACAUCUUGGGGUCACUUGAAAACCUUAUAGCUGCCACUGUCUGUCAUUGUCUUGAACUAAUUUAAGAAAGUACAUUUGUAUAUGACUCUAGAUAUAUGACAAUAUGUUCAUCCUAGGUAACAAACCUAUUGAAGUUCAGUAAAACUGAUUACAGAUACAAAUGCUAUUGCAUUGUGCAACAGUAGGCCCUGUCACCACGCAAUUUGUAAUAACAUUCCAAAAUUCAUUUUAAGUAAUAAAUAAGUAUUUAUUUUAAAUAGAAUUAGGUUGAAACAUGUACACAGUACAGAUUAUCUUUCCAUGUGAUAACAAUUAAUCUGGUAAAAAAAAAAAUUUUAAUUUUGAUUUUUAUUACAAAUUGCGUCUUUAUUGCAAAUUGUGUGGUGACAAAGCCAGCUAGUCUAUACUUCAGGUUUAUAUGUUUCCCCUGGACUUCCUAUAGCACCAGUACAGCUGUAUAUUUUGUAUAUGUCCCUAAUUUAAUAGAAAGUUAGCAUGCUCAUGUUUCAGAAACUGAUCAUCACUGUUACAUAGUUAGUUUUUGUAUUUUAAAUGAUUUAAUGGUGCUCUGUUAACACGAUAGUGUUUAUUCCCUAAAUAUUCUCAGGGAUGCACUGCAUUACCACAUGGACUAUGUGUAGUAAAAUAUCUUGAUAUCUAAGGAACGAGAACCGGGAAAACUGUAAAAUGAUGAUUCACAUACUGAAUUUGUUUUGAAAUUACAGUUAAUUACAUUUCAGCAGGAUAACAUCUGUAUCUUUCCUUUAGAAUUACUUUUCAGUUGCUUUCUAAAUAUUUUUUGUUGGAAAUGCACAAAGGGAAAAAUGGUUUUGUUUAAUUAUUUGUGAAACAUUUGAUUAUCUCUGUUUCCAGAUAAAAAAAUGUAGUGAGUCAAAAGUUUGUUAUUUUCAGAAAUCAUAAUGUAUCUCAAAUAAAUUUCUGAGCUUUAAAAUGUCUAUUACCUGGAUCAAAUCAAAUUAAAUUUUGUAGUCUGAUUUAAAAUAGAAUGUUCUUAAAUGAGCAUGAAAUCAAUACCAUUACCACAAUGUUAGUUUUAAAGUAAUUUAAAGAAAUCAAAGAUAAAUUAAUUUCAUCCAUCCUGAAGCUAAGGGAGGGGGUUUGGUUGGUGUUAACCAAUAGGAUUUACCAUACAAUUGACAUUCCACAAUACAUGUAUGUUAAAACCAUUCUUCAUAUGUACAUAUACGUGUAUGCUGGAUGAGAGAGAGAGAGAGCUGGGACUCUGAGUUUAGUUUUGAGUAUGAAGUUGUGAAAGAAAUGUGAUGUGUUAUGUUGUGGAAAGCCGUGUAAUAAGUGAGAAAGGUCUAACUUUAUUAAGAGUUAUCUCCCUUCGUUCACAAAAUAUUGAUUUGAUAAUUGAUUCCGUGAAAAAGUGGUAUUUUCUUUGUUUUUAUUGAUCCAAUAUUUGUGUUCUGUGAUUCUUGGAUGUGAGCGAACCAAUAUGUACCUAGCUCUAACUCUCCCAGGAAUAUUCCUAUAGCAGUGUAUGAAGCGCGCCUGCAUAACAAGGGAGAUUUCAAUAAACAUUUUUUAAAGAUGUAUCGCGGUCCCAAUUACUAUUUUUCUUCAGGCAAAUUUUUAUUUUUCGUUUCAGUGGAGAACCACAAAUUCCAGAAUCGUUAAAAUUUAAGUUUACUCGCUAAUUAUUAUGAUAUUUAUUUUCAAUAAUUCAUCAAAUCAUAAAAAAAACUACCAUUACUCCAAAACAGUAAUGUAUGCCAGGCCUCUGGGAUCGUAAAACUUUUCUAAUUGACAUUUCUAAAGAUAAUUUAUUUUGUGUGUUUUAUUUUUGAAAUAUUGAUUAUUUCAAAUUUAAAAGCAAAUCAUACAAAAACUGCAAUGAGUUUAAUUCUAGAACACUAGAGAAUAAUUUGAAAUAUAAAAUGUUUGUGAUGCUGGAACAAAUUGCCAAUAAAGGUUUAAAGAAUA